GGAUCUACUUAAUUUUUUUUUUUAAUUUUCUUCUGAAUUUUGAAGUUGAAGUCCGAACCCUGAUGGAGUGCUUGUUUCUAUUUCUUAGAAAUGUUAACGCAAUAUGUAUUGAUAGGGGUCUCUCGGGAGUUGGGACGUUUUUACACUUUCUAUGAGUGACGCGAGCCACAAACAAACACAUAAACACGUGUGUUUUCUUUGAUGGUACCAUCGAAUGAAAAUGAAAUGGACCAGAAGCUGAGCGAAAUUAGCCAAACUAGCGGAAACUAAUACCGCUAUAAAAACCUUUCGUUUGGAACACAAGCUCUUUUAUUAUAUAUUCUCGCAAAAAAGUAUAAUAUCACAAGCAAACAAAAGCCGACUAGUGGUCUGCCAAGCUUUAUGAAGAGAGGACGUGCUAAAGCUUAAUAAUUCUCCGGUGCCAGUUAUGAAUUCGGAACUUCUUUCAUUAAUCGACGAGGUGGACCCAAAUGAAAUGGAUUAUCAAGAAGAUGCUUCGAGUUCAAGCGGUUCAGACUUUGGAGGCGAUGAUACUGUUAAAGAUCCUUCUUUUGUUAUGGAAUCUAACAAGCCAAGGAAUUUAGCGAUCAUUUUGAGACGUAUUCAGUCCGACCAUGACACUUCUGAUAGUGUUACGUGCACAAAAAAUUCAACCAGAAAACGAAAACGGAAUCCAGAAAUGUGGGAACAAAAUAUUCGAAAACGAUUGCGAGAAUCUGGUAAGGAGUACCAAAGCGCUAAGGGGAAAAUCAAUCCAAGAAAGAAUGUUUUAGAACCAUGUAAGGACACUUGUGUUCAUUUAUGUACGAACAAUUUUUCACAUGAAGAUAGAGAAGAAAUACAUAAGUCCUUCUAGAGCUUGCCAGAUAGUGAAAAGUCAACGUUUUAUUGCAAACAUGUAAAACAAGUUCCAAUAAUGCGCAGGCGAGUAAAUGAUUCGACGAAAAAAAAUCAAACUUUCCAGUUUUAUUUGCAAAUUGGUGAGAGUGCUCAUCGAGUCUGCAAAUUUUUUUUUUUAAAUACCUUAUGUAUAAAUGAAAAAAGAAUUUACUAUAACUUCAGAAAUUUAAAGGAAAACGUCUGCAGAAACCUUCCCAAAAAAGGAAAAAAUGUUAAAAAGGUUACUCCACCAACUAAAAUUAUAGAAGUGCACAAUCACAUCAAAAGUUUCCCAACAGUAGACUCACAUUAUUGUAGGGCAAGUUCGGACCGAAAAUAUUUAGAGACCCAUCUAAACAUCACAAAAAUGUACAACUUGUAUAGAGAGCUUUCAAAUGACCCGGUUAAAGAAAAUAUAUACCGAAAGGAAUUUAACAACUCGUUCAAUUUGUCUUUUUAUAAACCCAAAAAAGAUCAAUGUGAUCGAUGUCUGACUUUUAAAGCAAAAAACAACCCAACAAAUUCUGAAAUUGCUGAGUUUAAUAUGCAUAGGGAUGAAAAGAUAUCCAUGAAAGCUGAAAGAGACCUUGACAGAAAUAAUUUCAACCCAAAAAACCUAGUAAUAUGUUUUGAUCUCCAGAGUGUUUUUUCACUUCCAAAAGGAAACGCAUCAUCAUUUUAUUACAAAAGGAAGCUAAGUGUUUUUAAUUUGACAGCAACAAUCUGUUCCCCUAAUUUGGCAAAGAUUACUUAUUGUGCAAUGUGGAGUGAAAUUAAUAGCGGUAGAACUGGUGAUGACUUGGCAAGUGCAUUGAUAAAAAUUUUGGAACAAGUUUUGAUCGAACAUGCGGCCAUAGAAGUACUAACACUUUGGAGUGAUUCUUGUGUGCCUCAAAACAGAAAUAAAAUUAUGACAACUGCAUUGUUGUAUUUGCUCCACAAUUCGCCUAACUUAAAAACAAUUUUUCAAAAAUUUUCUGUUCCUGGCCAUUCCCUAAUUCAAGAGGUAGACUCGGUGCAUAGUGUCAUAGACAAGCACCUCAAAAACAUUGAAGUUCACAGCCCUUUGUCACUAUUUAGACAACUUAAAAACAUGAAUUAUCCAAAAACCACUUUAAAAUUAAUUCAAAUGGAAGCUGAUGAUUUUAAAGCAUAUUCCACAAAAGCAAGCCACUUGAAUUAUCUAUCUAUACCUUUUACCAAAAUAAAUUCUUUUAAAUACGAAAAGCCAGAUUUGUUUAAAAUUUCAUUCAAGAAAAAUUCGAGGGAUUCGAGAUAUGAAAGAAGCUCAAUUACUAAAAAAAGUACUAAAACCAAUAAUUUUGAAACACCGACAAAUUUAUAUGAUCAGGGUUUACAAGUUAUUCAGAAAAGAACAAAAAAAAUAUCCAAAGAAAAACUUGAAGAUAUAAAAAGUCUUUUCCCUUUUAUGUCUUCAGAAGAUAUAUUAUAUUACGAAGCCUUAUUUAA